AUGUCAAAAUUGAUCACGGUUUUUGGAGCCACCGGGAACCAAGGUGGCUCGGUCAUUCGUACCAUACUCAACGAUGCUAAGCUAUCGAAAGAAUUCCGCAUCAGAGCAGUAACGCGCGAUGUGAACAAGCCAACAGCUUUGGAUCUGACAGGUCAAGGGGUUGAGGUUGUCAUGGGCGAUAUGUCAUCACCAGAGGACAUGUCAACAGUCAUUUCUGGCUCACAUAGUGUGUUCCUCGUCACAAACUUUUGGGAAUCCCAAUCUGCCGCUCCAGAAAUCAUUCAAGGCAAAAUUGUCACCGAUGCAUGUAAAGCGGCGGGGGUGAAGCACCUAAUAUUCUCUUCGCUUAUUGACGCAGCCGAAGCAACACAUGGUCGCUUGAUUCACAUCACCCAUUUUGACGGUAAAGCAGAGGUUGAAAGAUAUAUCGAGAGCAGCGGAUUGCCGGCUACCUUCGUGAUGCUGGGAAUAUUCACUACUCAGCUAUUCGGCUUGAUUCGGAAACAAGACGAUGGCACUUUCGUUUUGGCAACUCCCACAAACACGAACGCCGCAGCACCAUUCAUCGACGUCAACGCUGACACGGGUAACUUUGUACGUGCUGCAAUUCUGAAUCAACCGGAGACAGGUACCAAGACCAUUCAUGCGUCCAGUCAGUAUUAUACAUUUGAUGAAAUCGCGGCUCACUUUCGGUCGGCCACUGGAAAUCCGAUAAACGUGUUCUCUGUGCCGGGAGAAUUGUUCAAGUCAUUUCUGACUCCCUCCCUUUCGCCUGAUAUGGCCGAGGAGGUAUAUGAAAACCUGAUGUUGCUUGAGGACCCUGGUUAUUAUGCUGGUGCGGAUCUCACCCCGAGUCUCAAUCUGCUUUCCGAGAGACCCAUGGGCCUUGAGGAAUUCUUCCGUCGAAACAAGGCUCAAUGGUGA